CUGUGGUUGUGUUAGCGGUGACCCUGACCCUGACCCUGACCCUGACCUUCACCUUCGUCUUCAUUAAUCUGCACAAAGCAACAGAUGUGGAUUCAGUCGACAAACACUCACCGAUGUCACCUUGGCCGGAACUGCAGUGAUGUGGUCGUCCGCUGAGCCACUGGUUUGGUAUUUGUGUCACUGUUCAAGAACGGCUUUGUUUACAGCUAUUAACAAAGAUUUUUGUUUUGUUUUUUUUUUCUAAAUCAACAGAUGCUGAUUAGUAGCUGCUCACCUCCAAACCUCAGCAUAUAUAUAAAAAAACAAACUUUCUCCGAGGUUUUAGGAGUGUGCAGUUGGACCAAACCCUGGAGAACUUGGAGGUCUACUCCACUGAGACAAAGACGCUGGUUUAAAGAAUACAGCUGUAAAUGAGAGACAGAUGAUGACGCUCCUCCACCUCAGGUAACAAACGAUAUAAAAACAGAGGUUAAAAACUGAGGUUUCAGGCCGAGCUCGGUGGUCGGAGGAGGAGACGGGUGACAGAAGGUCUGCAGCAGGAGUUGAAGGUGAAGUUUCACAGCCUGACUGUCAGGUUUGCUGGGAUAUAUUACUGGGUUCAAUGUAGAGAUGGGAGGGGGAGAGGGGGUGGCAAUGGUGAAGGUGUUGGGGUUUUUAUUGGGGCAGGUUCAGGGACGGUACCGACUAGAAAAAGAAUAUUAGAGACGCACGGUGGAGAGAGAGGUCUGGAGAUAAAGUCAGGGUUAGUUUCUGUGGUUUGGGGUUGAAUGAAUGUCACUGGAGAAACCAGAGGAAGCAGGUUCCAGUCCAGACCAGCUGCCAAGUUACCACUGAGCAAGGCACCGCCCCCCCCACACACACACUGUUCACGUUGGUGAUGGGUUAAAAGCAGAGGUCACAUUUGGUUGUGUCACAACAACAAAUAGUUCACUUUCCUCCUUUCUUUUCUCAAACAACAGCUUGUUUUCCCUCUUGUUUUAAGUGUAAAGUUUCUUCACCGGUGUCUAAAGGUGAGUCCAGAUCCCUGGAUUUUAUUUAUUUUAUUUAUUUAUUUUUUCCUUCUGAUUACUCAGUGAGAUGAACAGCCACUGUCACUCCCGGGGACAGACGCCCUCUCCACAUGUCUGCCACACGUUCACUUUUCAUCAUCAUGCGCUUCUGUUGAAAUGAAAACCUCAGUCUGGGAACUGAGAGAGAGAGACUGCGAUGGCACACUGGGUCAGAUCCUGAUUUAAUGAAAUGUGAAGCCCGCGGGGGUGUCAUGCGGCUUUGGGGGGUGGAGGGGGGGGGGGGCAGGGGGAUUAUUGCCUUCCCAUGAAGUUAAUUAUUAAUCUCAUUACACGUCACGACAAAUGUGCGAGGGACGUGUCAUCGUACACAUUUGGAUGCCAACCCUGGUGUGUCAGGAGUUGAGAAUGAGGGUCGCGAACCUUUCGCGUCGUGCGCCAGUGUAGGAAUGACCUCACACUUCCGCGGGCUUUGUCAGAACUUGUCUGCGGCUCCUUAAAAUAAAACAGGAGGAUAAAUAAAGAAGAAAAAACGCGGGUGUCUCUAAAGAGUCCGUAUUUAAAGCCACCCUGACAGCUCCACCGACGAGCGGCGCUGCCUUCGAGUGUUUCCCCCACAGAUGGCGGGGUUCAGCACCACGCUCUGCACUUCGACGGUGUUAACGUGGUACAAUCAGGAUGAGAACACACGCCUGCAGGGGCUGCGAUUGCACAACUGCGCACUGAGUUCAACUGUCUCUGAAAAACCUUCAGAGAGUUGAGACUCACCCAGGGUGACGCGUCUGUUCUCUCACACAGAGAGAGAGAGAGGGAGAGUGAGAGUGAGAGAGCUUUCAUCAGUUAAUGACACUGAGGGGUAACAGGUGCAUUUUUUAUUUUUUUUUAAAAAAUGGUCGAAUCCCUUUGUUUUGUUUUUUGUUUUUUUUAAACUGACGUCUGAUGUCAUCUGUUAACUGUAAAUUCUUUUUACUCCACUUUGUCGAACAGAGUGGGCGUCAGUUGCAGUUCCUCAUGUUGCGUGUUCGGAUAUUGUGACAUUUGAAGGCACAGCAUCAUCCUGCGGCUGGUCGUGUGAUCCUCUGCAGCACCACGGACAGCUCCGCGGCACCACGGACAGCUCCCGGCUGCAGCCUGUCAAACUUCAGGCGGAGACUUUCACCUCAGACACACGGGCUGACUUCAUAAGGCUUCCCAUCCGACACUCGGUGGCACAAGAUGCUGCUGCUGAUGCUGAUGCUGAUGCUGAUUCUGCUGCGCUGUUUCCACGCCGUCCGUUCAUUACAGUGCAACACUGGAAACCCAGGAGCCCUGCACAGGCUGUAAACUACAAAACCUCAGAGAAAGGGAAGGACAGAGAGGAUGGCAUUGAUCCUGUAAAUGGCCUCUGCCGGAAUAAAAACAGCUCAGCUCUGAGAUCUGUGGCUGCAGCAGCAGCAGCGGCGCCUCGUUGCUCCUCUCUUCUCUCCACCGUCUCCGUCAUCUACAGCUGACCACAGAGCACAGACGGGACGGUGUGACCUCACUCCGCCCCGGGGAUAUGUCACUGGGGGUGUCGCCCGUGUCGGGGGUGCGCCCCGUGCCCCGGCCGCUCUGGCUGUCCCGCCUCAUCCUGCUCUGCUCCUGUGUGUCUCUGUUUGCCCAGGCUCCUGAAGGUCUGCCUGUGGUGGGUUACAGCACGGACUUUAAGCGGGAGAUCACGCUGGAUGGAGACCUGAUGAUCGGCGGCCUGUUCCCGGUGCACCAGAAGGGCGAGGGGACAGAAGACUGCGGGAAGAUCAACUCUCAGAGAGGGAUCCAGAGACUGGAGGCCAUGCUGCUGGCGCUGGACGAAAUCAACAGGGACGAACGCAUCCUGCCUGGGAUCAAACUGGGCGCUCACAUACUGGACACCUGCUCCAAGGACACCUACGCUCUGGAGCAGUCUCUGGAGUUCGUGCGGGCCUCGCUCACCAAGGUGGACGACAGCGAGUACACCUGUCCCGACGGCUCUUACGCCAUCCACGACGACGUCCCUCUGGCCAUCUCUGGGGUCAUCGGAGGCUCCUACAGCGACGUCUCCAUCCAGGUAGGAACUAAUGAAAAGUGUAGCAACGUGAUUAGGUCGUAA